UGCAACCUAAUUCAGGGAAAGAAGAUAAAAAAACGGUUUUUUUAGGGUAGAAGAACGUACAAAGACGAGAAGACAACCCCUUGACGUCUGACAUGACCUCCGGCGGAGCCCCUGGUCCUUGCAAUUGAUGGCCAUAAGGGAGGGAGUGCGCCAGACGCCGGCUCUUAGAAUCGAGCGCAUCCAACCCGAGGUGGUUUGGAAUUCGUUCCCCUUCCGGUCUUCCCUUGCGUCUCGUCGCCUGCUUCGGCACGGGGUGGUUAGGGUUUGCGGGCACAACUCCACCAGAGCCGUCCGUCCGUCCCACUUCUCGUCCCAACGUCAUACUAAUACUGCACUUCCAAACAAGCGAGGUCCGACGAGUUCGACCCGCGUCCAGUGGUCAAACCUACCCUCCGACGUGGGACCCACAAAGGCCCUGUCCGAACCCAUCAGGCGAGCGGCAUGAGUGGGCGCCGGCCCACGAAAGGUGAGUGUUCGGGUUUCGAGCAUCGGGUAGAUGAAGCCGUUAAAAGGAAAUGAAAAGCCUUUCGGGGAGAGCAGAGGGUUCUGCGGGGGUUUUAGGCAGAAGAGACGUGAGCAUUGGGCGAGAGAGACGAUACCAAAAGGUUAGGGUUCCGACGGCCUUUACGAAGAAGCAAAAGCAAGGAAAAGCGAAGAUUUGGGAAGGAGGAGGGCAAAAGAUGGCUGGUGUCAAGAAGAAUAGUGAGAUCCGGAAGGACAGCGCAAGGCAGUGCUCUCCCGGGAAAAAGCUCUCCUUCUCCUCCUCUUCUUCUUUUCCUUCUUGUUCCGACCCGUCUUCUUUCUUUAAGAUCAUGCUCGGUAAUUUCAGAGACUUCUUGCUCAUACCACCAAGAUUCGCUGAUAGAUUAGUAGGCUUAGUCAAUCAGAAUGUAUGUCUUGAAGAUCUUCAUGGAAGCUCUUCUAGUGUUAAAAUAUCUAUGGUUGAUGGUUCAUUGGCUUUUAAAGGAGGAUGGCGUGAUUUUGUGUUGGAUCAUUCCAUUGAUGUUGGGGAGUUUUUGGUGUUCAAGCAUGUCAGUAAAUCAUUGUUUUUUGUUCAAAUGUUUGGAAUCGAUGCUUGUGAAAGGGUACAAUUUGGCGAAAGAAACAGCAAACAAUUAUGCACAAAGAAGACUAUUAAGGCAGAUUUAUCUCUUGAAAGGUCUCAGCUGCAUAAAAGGCUCAAAACCUUUGAAGCAUCGAAAGAUGAAUAUUGUCCUGCUAAGAAAGAUCUGCAGAAGAUACAUGAUUCUUCUGUUAGAAUUGUAGAAGGUGAAUGUGUUGUUAAAGUUGUGGUAGAACCUGGUGGUGAACCUGAAAAAGCUCCUCAACAUCACCAUGAUCCUGGAAGUACACAGAUUGCAGAGGUCAAGGACCUAACUGGACCACUGGUCAACAUGAUCAGUCGACAAGUUGUAGAGGAACCCCAAAAAGAAGCUUCUGUUGAACAAUUCAAAACUUGUGUUGGAGUUUCUGUUGAACGAUCCAAAACUGGGAUUCAUUUGGACAAUAUGUCGACAUUCCCAUUGGUUGAAAGAAACUUAUUGGAUCAUGAAGAUAGCCAUGGCAAAUCCCAAACUGCACCUACAGUUGCUUUCAGAAGUUCUGGGACCAACAAACGGAGUAUUUGCUGUUUGGGCUCCCCACUGCCACUAAAUGCAAAUGAGAAUUUUCUAGCAGGAGAACAGGAAGAAAACAUAAUCCAGAAGAUAGGUUUGAACGGACACCAGACUCCUGGAGGUAUGGGUGCAAACUUGGUUGCAUCUGAGGAGGUUGCUUGCAAAUUUCUUCUCACAGAGGAAGGCAUAUGCCACAUUGUCAAUGAAGAUCAGAAGAAUGGACGCGGUGCAGUUUCAGUAACCCCUGUUAGUUUAACUGCCACUGAAAUUGGUACUUGCAUAAGCUGCAAUUACAGUGACACCAUGUCUAAAGAUGCCUUCUCUCAUCUCGAAAGUGUUUGUGAAAAUGGUCAUGUGCCAGGCAAUGGUAUGCAUGCAUGCAGCAAGACUAUGCAUGCAUGUGAAGAUAAUGGAAAUACCCCCGGCUUUUUAUCCAGAAAAGAAUUGUCUUCAUCGGUUGGAAGUGUCGGACGUAUACUAUGGAAUGUGCUUGGUACAAACACUGCUGUGGGAAAUAAAUUCCAAUCUGUGCCUGAUACCGUUCCAGUAGAGGACAAGGAGGAGAAUGCUUUCUGCUUGAGAAGCCAAAAUCUUAAAGCCGUUAAGAUCGAAAACAUGGAUUUAGAUAACCUGUCUUCGGCAACUCUUUUCUGCUUCAGCUUAACCUUAUCAUCCAACACUAGGUGCUUGCUCGAGUUGCCCCAAAAGUUGCCAGUUAACAAUGGCAAGAAAAGACAAAAAGUGAUAAUUCUCCUGGAUCCAUCCCACAGAUCAUGGCCUGUCAUGUACCAUGAGAGCACCUGGUUUAUAGGCUUCACAAGUGGUUGGAAUGAAUUUGCAACAGUAAACAGCCUUCAGCGGGGAAGUCUGUGCGAGUUCUUUGUGGUAGCUGGCAAGUUUGAGCCUACGUUUCAAGUUCAGAUAAGUCAACAUUAGAUAUCAAGAAGUUGAAGUAAAUUCUAGUACUUGCAUACAUGACCCCAUAUGUGUCCUGAACAUAUGGGUUGUUUAUACUAGCAUUUUGGUCAUAGUAUUUGUUAGUGUCUUAUGUUCACUCCUGUUUUGCUUACUCAAUGGGUAUUUUGAAAAUGGAUUACACCACCCAGCACAAAAUGCAACAUUUCUGGCACACUCAAACGAAAUUACCAACCAAAUAUAUUUGGUUAUGUUUUGAUAUUUUCAUCCGCCUGAUUCUUGCAAACUAAACAGAAUGAUGAUCUGUGUAUUUAUCUGCAAUCUUUCUGGAAAAUCUUUCCAAUGAGCAAUAUGAACCAACCAUUGUGAAUCCAUAAAACUCAAGUUUAUGGAGAAUCACCCAAGUUCUGUGGGAAUAUAUAUAUAUAGGCCUUGAGAUGUGGUGAACUUGCAUUUGGUGUGUCUGAUUUAGUCCCUUAUUGAAAGUGGAUGGAUGAAGUUAAACUAACAUGCUAUCUCACACUGACUUUAGAGUUUUGUCUCUCAGGUUCUGCUAUCUAAAUGAAUGGUGACAACUGGUGAUGACAGAUGAGGAGGAUCCAAUUAUAAGCACAAUGAGGAUUUUAGUAAGAAAACAUUAUGUGGAUCAUGGAUUCUAGAUAAUGAUGAUGACUGCUGAUGACGGAUAUGAAUACGAUGGCAUAAGAGAGAGCAUUUGGUGUCAUUUGCUCUUAUGACACAACAAACGAGAUGAAGUUGUCGGAUCUUAGAUGUGUUUGUGUUACUACCACAUGGAUAUGCUGUAGGAUGUUGGAGUUGCAACGUGAUCGAAGCACUUAAUCCUCUCCUUCCAAGCUGGUGAUCUAAGCAAGUUUUGUAGCGUCUCGCACACAGGCCAUCCUCUCCUCAGCAUAUAAGUAAACCCCCCCACCCCACACCUUCAACGGCAGCUCUUCCCUCUCCUCGCGACCUGUGCUUUUUGAGCCGGUCAACAUGCGCCUCCUCCUUUGUCUCUUGCUUGGCUACUAGUGAUUCCACCAUAGCUGCAUCGAGGACAUGGGUCGACUCCAGGAUUCAGUACAGUCCAGUUGGAGAAGAGAUCCUUAUCUGUACAAGCGUCACUCUCUCCCUCUCUCUCUCUCUCUCUCGAUCGACUUUACGAUUGUGCUUGUGGAUGCUCGAGUUGGGUCAUGUUUUGCGUCCACAUGCAGCCGACAUCACUGUAGAGAUGAGUCAGUCUCCAACGGGUAGCUGUCUUCGCCUUACGUACACAGCUUGUGCU